CUCAGCAGCAGCAGCUCGUUCACAUUAAAGGCUAUAGUCACUGGAGAGACCUGCGCUGCUUUACAGAGACUGAGAACACCAAACAGCAUCUCUACAACGACAGGGAUCAUUUGACGUGGAGAAGGCAUGGCUGAACACAUGAUGAUGCCUAUGACUCACGGCUCUGCUGGCGGAGGCCUGCAUGGGUAUCGCAUGGGAAUGAAUGGCCCUUCUCCACACGGACACCAGCCCGGUCUGCGGACCCUUCCCAACGGGCAGCUCAUGCACUAUGGCAGGGUGCCCCAGAGCUCCAUGGAGGCGGCCAUGAUGGAGAGGAACGUGAUGAACGGCGUCAUGAACGGUCAGGUCAAUGGCCAGAUGAGCGGAGGACACCCCCACCAAAUGCAGCAACCCAGUAUGAUGUACGGAGGUCCAAAUCAGCAACCGCAGGGUCACCCUCAAACCCAGCACCAUCAUAUGCACCCCCAGAGCCAGCACCCACAGCAGUAUAUGGGUGGAGGAGGCCUUACACCAUCUCAGCAGCUUAUGGCGAGCAUGCAUCUUCAGAAACUCAAUACCCAUUACCACGGGCAUCCACACGGACCCAUGAACAGCCAUCACAUGGGAAACGUCCAGCACAGAAUGGGUCCUGCUCAGUUGGCAGGCAUGCAGAUGGGGAUGGGUGGGCCGGCGUUGGGCCUCAACGUCAUGGACAUGGACUUGAUUGAUGAGGAGGUUCUAACGUCCUUGGUGCUGGAGUUCGGGCUGGACCGGGUUCAAGAGUUGCCUGAGCUUUUCCUCGGACAAAACGAGUUCGAUUUCAUCUCGGACUUUGUGUGCAAGCAGCAACCAAGUACUGUCAGCUGCUGAAGUUCUGGAAUCAGAGAAAGACUUGGUCGCUAAGAAGAAGCUGGGGCAAGACAAGAAAAGCUAAAACAACCAGGUUCUCCGUAUCUGUGAAGCUGUGCUAUGCAUGUUGCAGUGCACGCUGUCUUUCAAUGAGGGAAACAACUUCUGGAUGUUCUUCAGCACAAUUGUGGCUUUGGCGAGCAGGCCUUGUCUUGUCCCAUUGGUCAUCCUGGAUUGAGGGUGACCAAGUGUCCCAGGGUUGAAUGUAACUUCACGUGGUGGAAAAAGAAGUCUGCUUGGAACUUUGCAGAAACUGCUUUGCAUCCUUAGGGGGCAACUAGAAUCAAUAGCAUUUAGAAAUGUAUUUAUGUAUAACACCUACCAAAAAGCAGACAUGAUCUGUGGUGAUAGAGACUUGCCUUUUCUCAAACUAACCCGACGACUUGUGAUAAAAGACCUCUGAAUGAGUGUGUUAUGUGGGAAUUGAAGGCUGGUACUUCAAAACGGGUUGUUUUUCCAGUAGCUCUUAAUGAUGUUUGAAACGGUAAGGGGGUGGUGAGGUGGUAGCGGUUGGGUAUGAAACAUUAUUCGUGUGCAGUGUUACACUGUACAUUUGGUUAUUUCCAUUCUACUACUAUUAAAAAUUUGACUGCCUAGUAAAAAUUUCUCACUUACAACACUCAUUGUUUUGCUACAUCUGACUGAACAAGACCCAAAAUGAGUGUCUUAUGGCGCUUUUCCACUGUGUGGUACGACUCAGCUCGGCACGGCUCAGCACGGCUCUGUUUGCGUUUCCACUGC